AUGAUUCACGGAACCUUUCAGAUUCCUUUGGGUCACCGGAUUGUUCUCUAUGGACUUUUCCCAUUUCUCUACUUCUGGUUCGCGGCAUUUCAAUAUUCGAAGAGCCCGAAAUGCGAUGAGUCGAUCCCGCCGCAUUCCAAUGAUAAAUCCCGCGCUGAGAUCAAAGCCUUGAAACCAAAUGGCGCAGACACUGAGAGUCAAACCGCCAAAGAAAAUGAGCUGGAAUUCUACAAGGAAUUUUACUUCAAGCUCCAGAAUUUGGAGGAUUUCCCCGAAACAAAGAGACGCGCUCAAGAGCUGUUCACUGCCCUUUUAUCGCAAGCAUUGAGAGACUUUGCCAGCGCCGAGGACAAGAGCAUAUUGUCAUUGGGCCACUUUGACAAAGACGAUCUUGCCAAAUUCAUGCAAUGUCAUCAAGAAAGAAUCUCCACUCGAUAUGAAGAAUACAUUCGGCGCCGGCAGACCGGAGGCCCGCGCGAGCUCUUCCAGAACCGACAAGAUGCCGGAGAAUGGUUGAGAGAGAUUGCACCCUUGAAGCUCGUUGAUGGUGCAUGGCUCGGUCACUUGAACACCAUCACUAUGCCAUUUGCACUGCGAUCCAUCAUCAAGCAGACAUGGCAAGUUUUUAUUGAGGAGCUGGGCAAUGGCAGCGCGGAUCAGCACCACGUCAAGAUCUUUGAGGAUCUGUUGCGCAAUUUCGAACCUGACCUUCCCUCACCGACGUCGAGGGCUGUGCUGCAUCCACGCUUCCAGUUGGGAAGUGUGAAAUACUGGAGAGCAGCUGUAGCACAGCUGUUGGUGUCGUUGUCUCCUCACGAGUACUUCCCGGAGAUUCUCGGGUUCAAUAUGCACUUUGAGUGUCUACAGCUCGAUACGUUGCAAGCCGCGAAGGAGUUGCCAGAAGUUGGCCUGAGCGCCGACUAUUUUCUACUUCAUGUCUCAAUUGAUAACAAUCACUCCGGACAUGCCGCUAUGGCGAUGGAAAGCGUCAUAGAUUACAUUGAGCACGUGGCACAGACAGAGGGCCGCAUUGCUGCCGAUGUGGCUUGGAAAAGAGUCCAGGCUGGAUAUGUUCUGAGUGAAUGGCAAUCCAGAGAAGCAUCCCUUGACCUCAGAAAAAUAAAGAGCUUUGGAGCUGGCUCUUUGACAAGGCUCGAGUCCAAUGUGCUGGCCAUCUUCGACUCCAAGAUUCAUGCGGCUCAUCGACUGCACUGUGCAAGUGCGGCCCGAAUUGGCGGGCGCACACUCUCCGAAUGGCUCGAUCCUGAUGCCUUUUCCAGGGAGGAAUGGCAGCAUGAAUUCAUUCGAUCUCUUAGAAAGAGCAAGCCGUGGGUGUAUCCCGGUGAUAGCCAAAAAAGCAGACUCGCGAAAGAGCUCCGAUGGGGUGGCAAGAUGUAUGGGGCUUUCACGAAGGCCGAACUCGACACCCUGGAUCUAUGGAUCGAAAUCUUAGGCCAGAAAGAGCCUUUCUACAUUACAUUUAUCAAGCCCACGGAUCUUUCUCUGUGUCAAAACUCCGUGAACGCAGUCUUGAGUGAGAAACCUCCCUCUGCGACAUCCCAUGAAAGCAGUGUUCUCCGGACGACAUAUCAAUCAAAUGAGGUGCAUGGAUCAAACUCCCUGGUCGGAGUUAAUCUCUCCCUUUUGCUUCCUCUCUGGUUCACCCAGUGCUGUCUUUUGGAAUCAUAUCUAUACGCACCCGGACGAUCAACGGACGUCAUCGGCUGCGCCAUCGUAAGAUUUUUGCGGGCGCAAUUUGGAUAUGAAGCCGAGGACGCAAUUGUGACGGGGACCCACGAGCCUCGCUCAGCCGAAAACGGUGGACUCGUAGAGAUUGGCUUUGAAAUUAUUCAACGCGCGUCUCUGUCUCUUCCCAAAGAUCUUGGGGAUGUUCUCGCUUGCUGGCCUUGCAGCUUUGCCACUGAAAUGCUUGAGCUGGCCUCCAAGCCCGUUCAGAACUUGGGUCUUUUGCUGGGAAUGUCUGCUGCCUUCGUGGAAAUGCAGGAAAGAGUCUCUGAAUUUCCUAAUUCAACUCUUCUUGGUCCACAACAAGCUGUGCGCCUUGCUUGGUUAGCACGGCGACAGUACCAAUGCUUGCGACUUUGUUUCGAUGAGAUUACCACGAACCAUUCACACCUCAGGGAUUACCAGCGAGGCUACAACAGGGCAAGGGGUGAACUACAAAAAUGCUUCGAAGCAGAAUCGUGA